AAUGUGUCAAAGAUGCUCACAGACUCAAUAUUUUGGAGAUAAAUCAAAUGAGAACCAAGAUCGAAAGGACACAAAAUGAAAUGGAGUUUCUGAACAAGAGGAUAAGUGAGCUGAAGGAAAUGAAUGAAGUUCUGGGUGUGAAGCAAGAAGAGCUGGCAAAGCAGCAUACAAAUUUUGUCCUGUGGCUGAACCAAACCCUGGAAGAGAGAGCCGCAGCUAUUAUUUAUAUAAAUGACACCUAUGCCAAAAUAAAAUUAGAGAAAGAAGAAAUAGCAUUCCAAAAACAAUGUCUGCAGGAGACAAAUGACUUAAUAGACAAACAUAAAACGGAGUAUUUAGAAAAGAAAGAAGAUUUGACUAACCAGAUUAAGGAGAUUAAACAAUCCUGUGAAACAAGUAGGAAAGAAGCAUACAGCAAGAAGAAAGAAUUGACCAGAUUACAAAAUAAAAUAAUAAGAAUGAAGCACACAGUUAAUAGCAGCACAUUGAUGAUUAAUGAUCACACUUUGGAGAUGGCACGGCUGCAAGAAUCAGUAAGCAUUUGGGAGAAAAAGGUAGAGGACUUGAAGAAAUCUUGUCUAAAUCUGGAGGACAAACUGUUGUUUUUUCGUAAUCACAAGGAAAGGCUAAAUGCUACAUGCACUAACCAGAAGAAUAUAUUCUUGACUAAGAUACAGCAGGUUGUGGAAAAACUACAGAAAGCCCAAUUAGAGAACAGAGAUCUCCGAGAGAGACUACUUGAACUCGUGAACCAAUAUAAGAUAGUCGCGGAGGAUGAAAAUAAAGCGUCUGUGGAAAAACAGAAGAUCUAUGAUGAAAAUCAGAAGCAGAUUACACUCAUUAAUCAGAAAGAAACCUUCCUAGCACAAAGAAAACUUGACAUCAAAAAUAUGGAAGAAGGAUAUGACACCCUUCGGGAUCUUCUUGAAGCAACAAAGGAAGUAUAUCGUAAUCAAAUAAGAAUCAUGAAUGAUAAUCUGGAAAGAAAAUCUCAGAGAAGUGUUGUUACUCAGUGGAAAAUAACCUGUUUGAAAAAAAGGCAUAUACGUUGGCUAACUAAAGCAAGGGCCACAUUGAGACGGAUUUUAAAUAAAAUUGAGAUGACAGAAGCGAAGCGAGCUCAAUUACUUGAAGAGACAAAAAGCAGAGAACAGGAGAUCUAUGAAUUUGUGGGGGAAAUUGAUCAACUUAAAUUGGAAUUAGAAGAAGAUGAAAAGGAAUUUGUCAAACAAGAAAAAAAGUUAAUUCAAGAAUUAAACAAGUAUGAGGUUCUGAUUAAGAAGGAAACACAGACGAACAAAGAAAGAGAAGAGCAACUAGUGGACAGCCUCCCACAGCUUCAAACAGCAGAAGAGCAGUUCACCGAAAAUAACAGGGACCUCAAGGACCUCAUCAAUGAUAUUUCAGCAAAGAAGCAAGAGGUGAGGUUAUUGAACAACUACAUUUUCCGCUUUAGAAAGGAUAUCACCAGAUAUGAGGAGAACAUGGACUCGGUGAAGAGUGAACUACAACACUUACGAAAGGUUGAAAGUAAAAAACUUGAAGAGCAUUUUGAAUUUCUAAAGAACUUGGAAAACGACAUCUAUGUGCAUGACCAAAAGGCAUCCCUUCUCAUCCUGGAAAAUAAAAAAUUAAAAGAAUUUCUUGAGUACCUGAAGAAACAAAUCCAGAUGUACAGAGAAAAGCAACACAAAACCGUGGAGAACUCAAGUGACCUGUCUUGGCAACUGAUAGCUCAGCACAAACACUAUGGAGAUUUCCUGGCAAAAUUUCAGACGACAAUUAAGGAAAUGGUGAACAAUGGAGAAGAUAUCUUGCAAGACAUGACGAGUCUCAUAGAGAAGCUGCAAUACCGGGACGAGAAAAUCGAGGCUAUUAGUGCCUGGCUGCUGGGUAGCAUCGAAAGGCUGCGUCUUCUUGUGGUGGAGGAAUCAAACUCGGAACAUCUUCAUAUUCAGUACCUGGAAACGUCCGACCAGAAAAAGGGUAAAAAGAAGAUCCAUUUUGCUUCGGCCAUUAAGGCUAGGAGAAACGCCUUAACCGGGAACAGCAAACAACCUAGAGGAAACAACCUUAAGGAAAAAACCUAGAGAACUCCAGAGAACCCCAGGCAAUGUAAGUGCACCUGUAUUCAUAUUUUGUAGCAUUAACAUAAGUCGUCAAAGUUGCCUUGGAGCAGAACCAGUGAAUAACCUUUCAAAAACUACACAUAUAUACUCAUGGCCAGAUUAUUAGACUAAGUGUUAACAUUUUUAUUUGUGUCCGUGGCUGUGAUGUGAGUCUGAACACCACAGCUAACCUAUCAAAACCAGCCACAGGGGAACAAGGGAACCGCCUAUAUAUUCCUGUAUU